AUGGGGACUUGGCUGGUGGCGGUAGGGUCUUGCUCGGGACAGUUGGGCACUCCCUUCGCUACUAGAGGGAAACAGGAUAUUAUUGAUGUGCUUCAUGACAUGGAAGACAGGAACCUGAAGGAAUAAUAUUGUGUUCAAUAGAUGUUAAUAUUUUAUUAGAAGUUGAUUCUGGUAAGAUCGGACGAACGCAUCCCAUUGCACCCUCCAUCAUCCAUCCAUCAUGAGUUCCUGGGUUGUGAACAGGAAAGGAGGGCUGCGGUACUGCCACCACUUCCUCACAGACAACAGCAUCUUUCAUGUGGAGCGAUGUAUGAGUGCCAUGCAGUCAGGGACACAGAUGGUGAAGUUGAAGGCUGGUUCCAAGGGGCUGGUGAGACUGUUCUACCUGGACGAACAUCGCUCAUGCAUCCGAUGGAGACCCUCACGCAAGAGCGAGAAGGCCAAGAUCACUAUUGAUUCGCUGUACAAGGUGACGGAGGGCCGUCAGUCAGACAUCUUCCACCGCCAUGCGGAGAACAGUUUCGACCCGGCCUGCUGUUUCACCGUUUAUCAUGGCAACCACAUGGAGUCCCUGGACCUGGUGACCUCUAACACUGAGGAGGCUCGGACCUGGGUGACAGGACUACAAUACCUGAUGGCUGGCAUCAGUGACGAGGACUCACUGGCCAAACGACAACGCACACACGACCAAUGGAUGAAGCAGACGUUUGAGGAGGCUGAUAAGAACGGGGAUGGUCUGUUGAACAUGGAGGAGAUCUACCAGCUACUGCACAAGAUGAACGUCAACCUGCCCCGCAGGAAGGUCAAACACAUGUUCCAGGAGGCGGACUCGGAUGACCAACAGGGCACGUUGACAUUUGAGGAGUUCAGUGUGUUUUAUAAGAUGAUGUCUCUGCGGCGGGACCUGUAUCUGCUGCUCAUGGGAUACAGCGACAGGAAGGACCACCUGACUACCGACGAGCUGGCCAACUUCCUGCUCAACGAACAGAAGAUGGUGAAUGUGACUACAGAGUACUGUCUGGAUGUCAUUGAAAAGUUUGAGCUGUCUGAAGAGAACAAACAGAAAGGCAUUCUGGGAAUUGAGGGUUUCACCAGUUUCAUGCGCAGCCCCACGUGUGAUGUGUUUAACCCUGAACACCAUGAGGUGAACCAGGACAUGGAUCAGCCUCUGAGUAGCUACUACAUCUCCUCGUCACAUAACACCUACCUGACGGGAGACCAGCUGCUGUCUCACUCCAAGACAGACAUGUACGCCUGGGUACUACAGGCUGGCUGCCGCUGUGUGGAGGUGGACUGUUGGGAUGGUCCUGAUGGAGAGCCCAUGGUUCAGCAUGGUUACACUCUGACCUCCAAGAUCACCUUCAAGUCUGUCAUAGAGACCAUCGAAAAAUACGCCUUCAUCAGCAACCAGUACCCAGUGAUCCUGUCCAUAGAGAACCAUUGUAGCAUCCAACAACAGAAGAAGAUAGCCCAGCACCUCAGAGAGAUCCUGGGAGACAAGCUGGACCUGGGAGAGACCCUCCGCAGAGACUCUAUACAGCUACCCAGCCCCCACUGUCUACAGGGGAAGAUCCUCAUCAAGGGGAAGCGUCUCCCUCCCUACCUGUCUGUGGAUGUUGAGGAGGGGGAGGUGUCAGAUGAUGACGACAGUGCUGAUGAGAUUGACGACAACUUUAAACUAAAGAACAGCAAUAGUAAUGGUAACCACCAAGUGGAAAGUUACAUCAGGAAGAAGCUGGACUCUCUGUUGAAGGAGGCUCAGAUUGGAGACAAGGAGGACACAGACAGCUCCAGCAUCAGAGCCCUGCUCAGAGCCACACACGUGGGCCUGCAGAAGAACCUACCGAAUCCCAAAGAGGGACUUAAAAAAUCCCAAAGUCGAUCAUUCAUCAGCAACAUCAAGCAAAAGAGACACUCUAAAUCCAGGCUGAAGUCCCAGAGUACAGAUGGAGAGGAGGAAGGACAGGAGACCUCUGGGAAAGAGGCGGGAGGACAGAUCACCAGGGGAGGGAGGAAAAGGAAGACGAUGAAGCUGAGUAGAGAUCUGUCAGACCUGGUUGUUUUCACUAACUCUGUGGCCUCUCAGGAGGGACUGGACGACAGUACUCCUGGGAAUGUUCUGUCGUUCAGUGAGACUCGUGCCCAGCAGCUAGUGAACCACAGAGCUGAACGCUUCCUGUGUUUCAAUCAGCGACAGCUGUCUAGAAUCUACCCCUCAGCCUACCGUAUAGACUCGUCCAACUUCAACCCUCAGCUCUACUGGAAUGUGGGCUGUCAGCUGGUGGCUCUGAACUACCAGACAGAGGGUCGGAUGAUGCAGCUGAACAGAGCCAAGUUCAUGGUGAACGGUGACUGUGGCUACGCCCUCAAACCUCCACCCAUGUGUAAAGGCUCGUUCAACCCGUUCAGUGACGACCCCCUCCCUGCCUACCCCAAGAAACAGCUGGUGCUGAAAAUCAUCAGUGGACAGCAGCUUCCCAAACCACCAGACUCUAUGUUGGGGGACCGAGGAGAGAUCAUUGACCCGUUUGUAGAGGUGGAGAUCAUCGGCCUGCCAGUGGACUGCUGCAAGGAGCAGACUCGAGUAGUGGACGACAACGGUUUUAACCCCGUGUGGGAGGAGAACCUGUCCUUUACCCUCCACAUGGCGGAGGUGGCUCUGGUGCGUUUUCUCGUCUGGGACCACGACCCCAUCGGACGAGACUUUGUGGGCCAGAGGACUGUGGCCUUCAGUAGCCUGAUGCCAGGUCAGUGAGUGAGUGAGUGUGUG